GCAGAGUUAAAGGAAGUAAGUGCAAUAGCUUCCGGUUAAAAUACGAAACAUGCAGCGCCGCGGUUGUCAUUCACUUUAGCGUGGUAUGAAAUAUUUCCUAUUCCUUACAGUAAUCUUUUUAAUUAUUUAUAUCACUUAAGUGCUAUACCUUAGAGAAAAUGUUGCGCACCAAGGCAGACUUACUCUGUAAAUGCAUAAACAGUGAAUUAUUGUUUGUAAGCUGGUGAACUGUGGCUAACCUCUCUCCGUGAUUGUAGCACACAGUCUGCUGCCAUUGUUUCACGCCUUUCGGGUUUUUGUCCCAGCCCGAAGGUGGACCUGGACCGUCUGCAAAGAUGCUGACCCCCCCGAAAGACGGGACCCCCAGUCUGGUGGACAAGGCUUUGAGGAUGAGGAGGGAGGAGCAGGCUCGUCAGGUGGUCCUGGCCUGGGCUGUGCUGAACGUGUCUUUGGCUGGUAUGAUCUACACUGAAAUGUGAGUUUUUCUAGGUUUAUGUGUCCUCUCUCUAUUUACCUGUCAUGCCUCAGCGCAGUGAUCUAAAGGGUUUUAUUCUGGUCUAGGUCCGGGAAACUGCUGAGCCGGUACUACAACAUCACCUACUGGCCUAUCUGGUACAUUGGUGAGGUCCCACUUUUCUAUGAUUUACUUUUUAAUCAGUGCAAUUCUUUGUUGAAAGUGCAACUGGGCUUUUGCCCAACUUCUUCAAGAACUUCAAACAAGUCCAGUUACCCUUUUUACAAAGAACUAGAUAACCAUGACCUGGAGGAAUGAGAACCUACACAGACUUAUUUAAUUAACUACCCAAAUAAAGAAUGAAAUUGUGCUGCCUUAAGUCUGCUCGUUAUAUAUAAUCAUGUAUGAAUCUUUAGCAUGUUGAUUAUGCUGUAAAUAGGGCUGGGAGAUAAAACGAUAACAAUAUCUAUCAAAAAUUAAUUUCCCUCAAUAUCAAUAUAAAACAUGGUCAAUAUGCUUUUCAGUAGUCGGCAUUCUGCCAUGUUUUGGUAGACUAUAGGAAUAGCCAAUGAAAAGGGGAGUUGCUCCGGGUCCGCUUCGUGCUGAACCAAUCAUGUGCUGAAUAAGAACCAAGUAGCAAACAACAGCGUAGUAGCAGACUACAGCAACCGUAGCAUUUUAACACAUGAAGCCAACACCACUGUGAGAAAAAUGGAAAAUAAGUGCUAACCCCAGCAGAAAUGUAGAUGAGGGCUUAACAGAUGAUGACAUCGUCGACAACACUGGCAUGAAAACGUCUGUGGUGUGGAGGUGUUUUUUUUUUUUUUCGGGGUUGGACAUGAAGCAGAGUAAUGUGCACUGCAAUUUGUGUCAAGUACAUGUUCUUGCAAAGUCAGGGAAUACCUCGAAUCUUUUUCAUCACCUGAAGCAGUGCCACGCAGCAGAGCAUGCGUAAUACAUAAGGUUACAAACCCUGAGCGGAGCAAGGAGCUGAAGACGCCUGUGCAGCCGAAACAGCCGACCAUUCAGUCUGCUUUCUCUAGCUCAACGCCUUACAACAAAACAUUGAAGAGACACAAAGACCUCACAGAUGCAGUAGCUUAUUGUAUUGCAAAAGACAUACUACCAAUAAGCACUGUUAAAUUUCAUUUUUUAUUUUGUGAUAUACAGUACAGGCCAAAAGUUUGGACACACCUUCUCAUUCAGUGUCUUUUCUUUGUUUUUUUAUAUGACUAUUCACAUUGUAGAUUUUCACCGAAGGCAUCAAAACUAUGAACAAACACAUGUGGAAUUUUGAAAACAAAUGAAAAAAAAAAAGUGAAAUAACUGAAAACAUGUUUUAUAUUCUAGUUUCUUUAAAAUAGCCUCCCUUUGCUCUUGAUGACAGAAGUAGUCACUAAGUAACCCUGACAAGGCACACCUGUGAAGUAAAAACCCUUUCAGGUGACUACCUCAUGAAGCUCAUUGAGAGAACAGCAAAAGUUUGCAGCGCUAUCAAAAAAGCAAAGGGUGGCUACUUUGAGGAAUCUAAAAUAUAAAACAUGUUUUCAGUUAUGUUUUCUUAUGCACAUGAUUCCACCUGUGUUCAUUCAUAGUUUUGAUGCCUUCACUAAGAAUCUACAAUUUAGAUAGUAAUUAGAAUAAAGAAAAUGCAUUGAAUGAGAAGAUGUGUCCAAACUUUUGGCCUGUACCGAAUAUUGAUAUCGACUGAUAUGAAAAAAAUAUAUUGUGAUAAACUUUUCCCCAUAUCGCCCAGCCCUAGCUGUAAAGAAGAAUCUUAAUUCUCGCUCCAUCUGUGCUCCUUUGCAGAGCUGGCACUGGCCUCCCUCUUUAGCCUCAACGCUCUCUUUGACUUCUGGAAGUAUUUCAAGUACACUAUGGCUCCCUCCACCAUUGCUGUAUCCCCUGAGCAGCACCGCCUCUUGGGUCUGAGAAACACAAGUAUCCAGGCUUCCCCUCCCCAAAAGCCAGAAAAGAAGGAGACUCCAGCCCCAGCUCAGUCAUCUCCGCUGCAGGGCCAGAGCGUGCUGAGUUUCAGCCCCUCACGACCUGCCACUAUCAGCCCCAAGUUCUCCCCGAGCUGUGUACCUGGGUACAGCCCUCCUCUUAGCAACCCAUCCACCCCAAGCAGCGCAGGAGGACCCUUUUCCCCUUCAGUAGCCCUCGGAAAGGUACUUUCACACUUGAUAUUUAUUCAGAACUGCUAAACUGUAUUAUGCGUCUGGUGUUGUGCCAAAAACACCAGGAUUAAAUAUCCCUUCGACUUGAUUUGAGAGUUUCAGACAGAAAAAAACAACUGAUAGUUUCUCUAUGCUCACUUUAGUUUUAACAUUUUAUUGCUUCAGCCUAGAUGACACUUUCAGACAAACAUUAGUUAAAAGGUCAUUCUUACUGUGAAGCAAUGGAAAAAACUGACUUAUACUACUAAUUGGAAACGUUUCAGAAUAUGCGACAAUUUAUUAAAUACAUUGAAAGCUCCCUUGAUAACUUAAGAAUAUGAUAAAUCCAUUUGAUACUACUCAGCAUUAAGUACUAAUGAAAAAUGCGUUGUUUUUUUCCUUUGGGUUAUCUUCGGAUUUUAUUAAUUUUUUACUGUUGAGCCUUGGUUGUGUCUGUACUUGCAUAUUUUUUAUUGUAGGGUCACAUUUUUUGUUUGAAGUUGUGUGUUGCUUAUAUUUUUUCCUAAAUAAAAUCAAAUAAAUACAGUGUUGAAAAAAGUGAUUAAAUUUACAAGUUCAUUUACAAGUUCAUUGUGCUCUUUUUUUCUCAGGUGUUGAACUACAGUCCUUCCCCAGGCUCCUCUCCAUAUCCCAGCAGCAUUGGACCAGCAGAAGGCUCCAGCUUGAGAGCUAGAUAUCGUACAUCACCCUCUGUUUUUAACUCUCCUGGCAGCAAGGAGGACUACAUGGAAGACCUGAAAAGUUUGGAAAGGUUCCUUCGAUCAGAGGAAGAAAAAAACCACCGCAGCCAACUUGGUACAGUUUACCAGAGUCUACGCUUUUUAGCUUUUGCCAAUCUUGUAAUGGGAAAUCCUUUAAAUAUCUUGGUGAUGUGAUGCUCUCUGCAGGUAGUCCAGAGUCUGUGUCUCCAAACCAUAGUCCAACAUUUUGGAACUACAGCCGCUCAGUGGGGGAUUAUGCUCAGAGCCUGAGGAAGUUUCUUUACCAGCCGGCCUGCCGCUCUCAGGCUCCAUCUGCCCACAAGGAUGAGACAGACCUGGGUUCCAAACAGGCUGCAGAAGAGGUCUGUAAAUAUGACUUUUAAAUUGGCAUUAAAUGGUUGGUUGUUAUUAUCUGUGAGAUUAAAGUGAAUGACUGGCAUCAGUGAACUUUUUUCCUUUUUGUGCUCUGCAGGUUUGGGCCAGAAUCACAACCAGCCGUCCUGUUGUUGACCGCAUUGACAGCUGGACUGCCAAGCUUAGAAAUGUGAGAGCUCAAAUAUAUUGUGAAAACUCCGGACUGAAGGGGCUGAAGUUUUAAAAAAAUUAUAUAUUUCCCCUUCCCCAACCUUAAUAUGACAUGAUUUUAAAUAUAAAACCAUUGUGUGUGUGUCUUUUGCAGUGGAUCAGUGACACCAUCUUGGUCCCUCUGGUUAAGGAAAUAGACUCUGUCAACAGUCACCUCAGGAGGAUGGGUUGCCCCGAGCUCCAGAUAGGAGGUAAACAAACAUGGGAAAUGGGAGUUUGGUUAAAUGCAAAUGCCUUUAAGUACCUGCAAUAUUGGGAUUAAAGACUAUAAAACCUACACGUUUACCUUUUUGAAAAUCCAAUUUAAUCUAAUCCAUGGUCUGCAUAAUUUAAUGCCUGAUAGCAAACCAAUUAUGUAGAGAGUAAUGAGGCACAUGUUCCAGCAUUUGAUGAAAAAGCCUCAUUUCAAAUAUAGAAUCAUCAGUAAUCAACGGCUGUCCUUUUAGUGUAUUGUUCUGUGAAAUAAUGAGUCCUUCUAUUAAAUAUCACUCUUUCCUCCACCAGAGGCCAGCAUCAGCAGCCUGAAACAGGCCGCAGUCAUGAAAGCGUCUUCCAUUCCCACUAUGAACUCCAUUGUUCAGUAUCUGGACAUCACUCCCAACCAGGAGUAUCUGGUGGAACGAGUAAAAGGUUGGUUGUCCAGAGGAAGAUUUGUGCCUGGCAUUUUAUACACACACCUUUUCUCAUUGUGUCUGUGUAAACCUAACAGCAUACUUAUUUAUAAUGUGUGUGUUUAUUCUCUGCUGUCAGAGCUGGCUCACAGUGGCUGCAUGAGCUCCUUUCGCUGGAAUGGUGGUGGGGAUGUGAAGAACAGAAAGUGGGAUACUGAUCUCCCCACUGACUGUGCUGUGAGUACAUACACACACAUGCACACAUACACACAAACACUAACACUAAGCUACAGAACAAAAACAGUCACUGAACAGGUGCCAGUCCAAGUUUGCCCCUAAUCUUGUUUUGGCUGCAACAAGCGAUUUUGUUCAUUAUCACGUAAUCUAGCACUAUUUUCUAGAUUAAUCUGUUAAUCCUGUGGUCUACAAAAUGUCAGCAAGUUUGGAAACAGAUAUCACAGUCUUCUAGAGGUCAAUAUGUCAUCCUCAGAUUAAGAUAUUUUGUUACCUAUUACGACACCAAAACAAAACCAAACAAAAACAACAACAGGGAAUUGUAACCCCAGAUUUCAGGACAAGAAUGCUUGAAAUAAUGAGUUUAACACUAAUUAAGUUCACAGCUUCUGUUGUAGAUUAUAAUUGCCAUCAGUAAUUCUACACUUUUUUACACACUUUUCUUAGUGAGUUGUGUGUAUGUGCUAAAAUAGUCUAUUGAAACAGAGUCACGGCUCUUUAACUGUCUAAAAGAGAAAGGGCAAACCCCAAUAGCAUUAGAAAUUGCAUACACACUCAUCUAAAAAGAAAACUUAAAGGAAUUUACAGCAAAGAGAAAUAUGACUGGUUAAAAAAAAAAAGACUAUCGCCAGAUAUUUUAUGGGGUGGGAUAUUUUUAUGAGGUGUUGGUUUUCAAAAAUGAAGUUCACAAGUUUUGCAUAACUUGGAGCAAGGCUGACUUGACCGACGGCCAGGCAAACUGUAGCCUUAAGUGAGGAAGCUAAAGGCCUGUCUCAGCUCCACCUUUUUCUUCACGCUAGGUUAACUGAAAGUGAUGUUGGGUCAGCAUUUUCAAUACAGUGACUACUGCCGAUAUGCAACAGAACUGUGCUACAGAAACAAAUGGGUGAAGUCACUCAGACUAUGUCCAUACUUAAAACAGCAUAUGGAUUUCAGCCUUGUGUUCCUGUCUUUGUCAUCUUGUUAUAUGAACUAGCUAAUAAGUCAGUCAAACACAGAUAUAGUACCAUGAAUGAGUCUGUCUGUUAAACCGUAGCACUUUUUUCACCCUCCUGAUAGUCUACACCACAUGAGCAAGACUAAAGAUUAAACUGGGCUGACUAGAUGUUCUUUUUCUGAGAAGCCCUCUGAAGGGUUUUUGCUGCUUGUAGAACAAAGCACUGCCUCCUUAAAUUAUGUUCUCAUGGAGAUGAACCCUGUGGUAUGCAAUAAAAUUUAAUGUACCAGUAAAAACUUUGGGCUCUUAUAAAAAGAAGAAUUAGAGAAGGACUAAAACUAAUCAAAGCAGACUCCUCAGAACUAGAUGGGAAUACAAAGUUGCUUCAGUUUUUAAACAACCUAACGGCACAUAUGGGAAGUUUCCCACGGCCCUGUAUGACUCUGCUGCCUUCAGGAUUUGUGUCGCCAAAACGGUGUAAGACAGUGGGUUACAUUUUUUAUUAGGUUCACCAGCUGGAUUCAUCUGUUUAAUACUUAACCUGUUUUUCUAGAUCCUUAUGCAUGUGUUCUGUACGUAUCUGGACUCGCGACUGCCCCCACACCCAAAGUACCCGGACGGGAAGACUUUUACUUCACAGCACUUCAGCCACACACCAGACAAGCCUGGUAAGUUCACACACACUUCAACUUAAGCUAAAUCAGAGGGAGUAGCAAAAAAAGGUUUUGUGUGUUUGUCAUCGUUGAGUCAUGUUUUGUAAGAGUUCCUGUGUUUUCAUCUGUUUCUGUGCUACAUUUUGUAGAUGUUACCAAGGAGAACCUGUUCUGCGUCCACCAAAGCAGCACGACCCCCCCUCACUACCAGCUUAUCUACCAGGGACAUAUCUACAGCCUGCCCAAGGUGACACAGAACAACCUGUUUUUCAGGAUUUCACAUAAACAGUUUACCCUUUAUCCAACCCCUCUAAACUUAAAAUCUAAUCUAAAGAAAAAUCUGACAGUUAAUUUCCUUCCAAAGGGUAAAAAAAUCUGAGAUCAAAAGAUCUUUUGUAGCUCCCCCUCAAGGACUGAAUUUGCCAAAGAGUAAUAAAAAGCAGAAUAAUAGUUUUAUCCAGUAUUCUGUCUGCCUUUCAGUAUUUGAUGUCUUGCAUAGUCACAUGGUUCAGAUCCAGGGAAAGAAAUAAAAAUAGUUUUUGGCUGACUACCUACUUAUUUUUCAUUAUCCUGCCAAUCAAACAGCUACUUUUUCAAAAAUUGAUUGUGCGUUGUUUUUUCUACAAUCUGUUAAAUGGAUGAUGAUUUUAUUCAAUAGCCCAUUAAACUUACAGUUUGAGCUGCAUCCAGAUUAACAGUUUACUCUGUAUUACCCAGCCUUCUUACUAAUGACCCAGCUGUGUUAAGUACUUUGGUCCACUUGAUCAAACCUUGUUACAACAGUUAGUAGUAGCAAAGGUGACAUUUGGGUCCACACAAUCAUACAUGUCACAUAAAAGCAAAUCAGUUUGCUGAAGAGCGUUAACGGCACAUCCAGAGUACUGUUUUUGACCUCCGGUCUUCCUGUAGACAGUCUGAGAAAAACUCUGCUUUUUAAAGGCAUCUGAAGACUACAUGGAGGAGAUUUUAACUGCUUAUUAAAAUUUAUUUCCAGAGCACAAAAGUAGAUUGGUAGUUAAUGGUGGACUUGUUAAAAGCAACAACAAGAAAGAAGAGGACAGGGAGUGGAAGAACAGAAAUUAACUGGGGAUGUUAAAACAGCUGAGUUUAACACCAGAACACCAGAAGUGAUUUAAAAUUCAUUUUUAAUGAGUUUAUUUUGGGAUAAACACUUCAUGUUAUUUUGUCUGCACAUUAAGUUGGUAGCUGGAUACUAAACUAGACAGUGUAUACUUAGCCAGUGGUUGUAUCAGAUAGAAUUGAAGUGAAUAUUCAGACUGAAGGCAAAGUAAACUCAGAUGGUUAGCACCACAUGAAUCAGUGCGGUACCAUCUUAAGAUCGAUUUCACUGUCACAGCCUUCAGUGUUUGUCUUUAUUACCUCCUGCCUUCUCUAAUCUGCUCUGUCCCUUUUCUUGGUUUAUAAGAAUAAACAAACAACUUCAAAUUCACUUGACUUCUCCCUGCGCAUUGAUAGGAUUAGUUAGUCUGCAAGUGUCUGUGAGCAACAGUCUUUGUAACAAAAAAUGGACUGACAGUUGCUUUGAUGUGUUUUUAUGUAAUGACAAUUAAAAAUCAAGCACUCAGCAUAGCUAUGUGAUAUACAGUUAAAUGGAAGAAAGCACCACGCACUUCAUAUGUUAGCCUUUAACCUCGUAUGUGACUUUAACUCAAGAAAAAAAGCCUGUAAACUCACGACAACACAGCAGACGUCUCAUUCUCAAGUGGGUUCAGGAUGUCUUUUUCUGCUGUAACACUGAGUGAGCAAUAACAAGAACCAAUCUUUAUUUCUAUUCCAGGGCAGGAACAACUUGUUCCACACAAUCCUCAUGUUCCUCUACGUCAUUAAGACCAAGGAGUCGGGGAUGCUUGGGUGAGUACUUCUUCUAAUAAAUCCCAUAAAGCCUAGCCAGCUAAAAAGAAUCUGCCACAAGUAUGUGCUGUUUUAUGGCACAAUGGAGUAUUGAUUCAUUUUUAACAAAAAGGUCAAAGAACCCGAGAGCAGAUUGCUUCUUGAUUGAAAAUGAUGGCUUUGACCUUGCUCGUGUCCUUGUAGGAUAAUUAAAUUGCGUUUCUUAUUUUCUUCAGGAGAGUAAAUCUCGGCCUCUCGGGCGUGAACAUCUUGUGGAUAUUUGACAGCUGAUCCUCCUCCUUUUGCAAGCCAAGGGAAGCUGUAAGGAAAGUUUGGAUACUUUGGCUGGAAUACCGUUUCAGUUUAAGAGCUGCUCUUUCAGGUGCAGUUUGAAAAAGGAGCACUUCAUUUUGAAAGACAAUGCAUUUGUAUUUUUGAUAUUUUUCUGUUUUGAUGGAUAAAUUGGCAACAUACUUGUAUUGUCAUUGUUUUUAACAACACAUGUAUGUUCACCACGGUGCAGAGCUGUAUUUUUUUUAGCAUUGUUGGGUGUUCUAAGGUUGUAGUAUGAGAAUGUACCAGCAUGGCAGCCUUGUAAAUAAAAUACCUCAGAUUCCUGGUGUGGAGGGUAAAGGGCUUAAGACCUAUUUAGCAUGAAUGCAUAUACCACACAAUGAGCGUGGACUUCAGUUGCUCCUUGAGCCUCAGUUCCCUUCAGGUGCUGGCAUGCAUUUUUUUCUACUGUAGGUGAAUGUCUGCUGCUGUAGGAACACUCCUGACAUGCUUGAAGGAAGGGAAAGAACUGAAGCAAAGGCAAAAAUGUAUUACUGAAAUAAUCUGUGGUUGCAAAUCUUCCUGUAGUGCUGGGCUACAUUGCGACACAAUAACAAACUCAGUGUUGAUUCUUUUGAUACAUGAUGGAUUAAAAAUAAAAGCCUUAAAAUCACCAAAGUCUUGUUUUGUGAAUAGAGGUAGCUUUAGAGUGAGUUUUUUAACUGCUAAUCCUGAUCUUAGGAGUUAGCCAUGUGUUGCAUGAAGGACUGUGCUUUUGUGUGUUUGUUUUUAAUCAUGCCAGUUUAUAUCCCCAGAAUAAAAUGGAAAGAUUAGUUU